CCGGCACAGUCCCGGGCUAGUAUCAGCUCCUGGUCCCGUUUGAGCAGAAAUCUCUCCACUUGCUUCCUCUCCACCGCCGCGCACAGUGCACCGCGGAUCCGUCUUUUACAUUUUACAACACGCUUGCGAGCCUUGUCCUGCAUCCAGUCAGCGACGUGUUCCGCACUACUCGGAGGGUGUGGGGAGUGACCGACCACAAGAGUACGUAAAGAGGAGGAAGAAAGAGGAAAAGAGCUCAAGAUACAAAGCAAAGAAGAAGAUAAAAGAGGUCUUCGCCGCGAAGAUGCUGGCAGCAGCCGGUGUGUUGGCUGUGGUCGCUCUGGGUUUGAGCGCAGCUCACUCCAAAGUGAAUAAACACAAGCCAUGGAUUGAGACGUCAUAUCAUGGGGUAAUCACGGAAAACACUGAUGUUGUUCUACUCGAUCCUCCGCUGGUAGCCCUGGACAAGGACGCACCCAUCCCUUACGCAGGGGAGAUCUGUGCAUUCAACAUCCAUGGAUUGGAGGCGCCAUUCGAGGCAGUGGUGCUGAACGGUACGUCUGGGGAGGGCCAACUGCGGGCGCGUGGCCUGGUGGACUGUGAACUGCAAAAGGAGUACACCUUCAUUAUUCAGGCUCAUGACUGUGGUUCAGGCCCAGGGGGCACAGAGGGCAAAAAGUCUCACAAGGCAGUGGUCCAUAUUCAAGUCAACGAUGUCAAUGAGUUUGCACCAGUGUUCCGAGAGCCUCAGUACCUGGCUGCAGUGACAGAGGGCAAAAUUUAUGACAACAUCCUCCAAGUGGAAGCCACUGAUCAGGACUGUUCACCUCAAUACAGCCAGAUCUGUAACUACCAGAUCACCACAACUAAUAUACCGUUUGCAAUAGACCGCAAUGGCAACAUCCGAAACACAGAGAAGCUGAGCUAUGACCAAGAACAGCAGUAUGAGAUCCAGGUGACGGCCUGGGAUUGUGGCCAAAAGAAAGCCUUGCACAGCGCCCUCGUCCGAAUUGACGUCAAGCCUGUCUGCAAACCCGGUUGGCAAGGUUGGAACCAACGAGUUGACUAUGAGCCAGGAACCGGAAGUAAACCGUUGUUUCCUAAAAUGCAUCUGGAGACCUGUGGUGAGCCGCUGUCAUCUGCAAGAACUACAGUGGAGCUGUUGACCAGUCACAUCGGGAAGGGAUGUGACCGUGAGACCUACUCUGAGAAAUCCCUACAGAAACUAUGUGGGGCUUCAUCGGGUAGCACUGACCUUUUGCCUGCUCCCUCCGCUGCCACUAACUGGACAACUUCACUGAUGACGGACAGCGGGAGAGACAGUGACUUGAUAUUCAGGUUUGAUGGUCACCAAGCGGCUAAAAUCCCAGACUGGGUGGUGCCCCAGAACUUGACUGACCAGUUCACAAUCGCAACUUGGAUGAAGCAUGGGCCUAGUCCUGGCCUCAGGGCUGAAAAGGAGACCCUUCUUUGUAAUUCUGACAAGACAGAGAUGAAUCGCCAUCACUACUCUCUGUACGUCCACAAUUGCAGACUUGUGUUCCUGCUAAGGAGGGACUUGACUCAGAUGGACACUUUUAGACCUGCCGAGUUCCACUGGAAAUUGGACCAGAUCUGCGACAAGGAAUGGCAUUAUUAUGUCAUCAACGUGGAGUUUCCAGCCGUGACACUCUAUGUGGAUGGAGUGACAUAUGACCCCUACCUGGUGACAGACGACUGGCCAAUUCAUCCAUCCCAGAUUGAUGUGCAGCUCACAGUUGGCGCCUGCUGGCAAGGUGGCGAGGUUACCAAGCCAAGGUUUACUCAGUACUUCAGGGGCAGUUUAUCCGGAUUGACCAUCCGACCAGGAAAGAUUGAGAGUCAGAAAGUAAUUUCCUGUCUGCAGGCUUGCAAAGAAGGACUGGACAUCAACUCCCUUGAAAGCCUGGAUAAGAGCAUCAAGUUUCACUUUAACCCAGCUCAGUCUAUCCUGGUAAUGGAGGGAGAAGAUUUAGAAAACAUGAACACUGCAGUGAGGAAGGUCUCCUACAUAAACUCUCGACAGUUUCCCACCCCAGGAGUACGACAUCUUCGUAUCUCUGCAACUGUUCAGUGUUUUGGUGAAGAUACUUGUAUCACCAUCCCUGAUAUUGAGACAGUAGUAAUGGUGCUGCAACCCAACAAGCCCAGGAUAACCAUCACUGGAUUGGAAAGACAGAGUCGGCCUGCUUCUGACCUCAGGGGGCCAGGAGGUGUUGUGCUUUUCCGGCAGAUCCACAUCAUCAGCACGGUCAACAGGGUAGAUGAUGCUGCAGCCCAUAAUACAGACCAAAGACAAGGAAUUCUGGAGGAAAUCAUUCACAAUUUGGACUACUGCGAUAUCCUGGUGUUGGGGGAGGAGUUAAGGCCUGACCAGGAGUCACUCCAGCUACAGCGCAGCAUUCUUCUUGGAAAACACCUAGAUGCCACUAAUUCUACAUCUGGGUUGUCCAUAUAUGGUGUGGACUCAAUGGCCAACUAUGCAGAUGUGAUCCGGGAGGUGUAUUACUACAACUCGCGACCAGGAGAUCUAACCGAGAGAAGGUUCCGUCUUACAUGCUCGGAGCUCAAUGGACGCUACACCAGCAAUGAGUUUAACACAGAGGUGAGCAUCCUUCACAAUUCAGAGGUUCGAGAACAUGCCAGUCAAUUUGUGGCUGCACCUCAGCACAUGCAGUUAGUACACCAUUCCUACAUGAUUGAUGAACUGUACCCUGAGCAGACCUCAGGGAUGCCAAGUGCCGCCACAACAGUAAUUGUGAUGUGCAUUGCCGCUCUGGUGGUGGUGGUGGUGUUGGGCAUCUAUCGCAUCCAUCUAACCCACCAGCAAGAAGUCAAGCUGUCUGAGACCAGCAAUGAACAAGAUGGGACCUGGGACGACUCAUCCCUGACCAUUACAGUCAACCCAAUGGAGAAUCUGCAGGAUCUCCAGGCCACGGAGGACAGCGAGGAAGAGGAUGAAGAGGAAGAUGAUGAGGGAGAGGAGGAUGACAUCACCAGUGCGGAGUCAGAUGACAGUGAGGAAGAAGCGGAUGUCCAGCUGCCCAGGAUGCAGGGAACGAAGCACCUGGACUACAAAAAAACAUCUUAUUGAAACUCUCAGUCGCAAACACACCCCAUGAUCUUUACGUCUGUAAUAAAAUAUCAAAUAUGAUGGCUGACACACACAAACAAAAUCAGGUAGACAUACACACGUUGAGGCAUUGAAAAAUGAUGUUACACCUCCCCCUACUGGAUUAGAUGAAACAAUGUAUUUAAAAAAAUAAAAAAUAAAACUGGCAAAAUCCUAAUUUAGCAAUACAUCUUGAAAGUACAGUAACUACAGUAUUUUUACUGUGAUAUGCAAUAGUGAAUUAUUUGUUAUCAUUUCACAGUCACUGAAUUGCAUUUAAUUAAAUACUGCAGAUUCCGGAUACUAAAAAAAAGCUAAACAGUUGACAAGUUGUGAACAUUUAUAUUAUUUUGGUUUGUAUACAUUGUGCAAAAUAUUCAUCUUUAUUUCAGCCAAUGAAGCAAAGUCAGUUGACUGAGCUGGAAUAUUUUCAAUCAAGCUAAAUAAUAAUAAAGUAACUGAAAAUAACAAAAGAGAGCAAAGAUAACAGAUGUCAUUUUAAACUCAAAAAGGGGUUCAUGUUUUGUGUUUUAGAGAUAGAAAGAAAACCUCCUUGUAAAUUUUUAUAAACUAUUGUAAAUAGAGAGUAUAGUAAGUGAUCCCCCACCCAAACUUUUCCAUCCUUACCGUGCACAUAAACACUGCUGACUGUCCCCUCCACUUGUACACAACAAAUAUCAUCUUGAGAUUUUCUAUCCACGCUUGAGAAUCUUUAUUUUGCAGAAAUAGUUGGUGGCUCCACCGUCCUUUCAUGUAUGUAUUUGUUUCACCUCAAUGUUGAGUUGGGUUUGUUUGUAUGGAUGUCCGUACGUGUCAUCUCCAUGGAUACCAGGACAGUUAACAAAGUCCACUAGGCAAGUUGUACAUAUUUUCCAAAUGCAGUCUUAAGUGCAAAUGUGCACAAUUAUGGCUUCAUGACAAAGCAAAUGAUUUAACAUGUUUUGUUUUUUUGUUUUUUUAAUACAAUGAUAUGAUUUGUACUGUUAUGUCCUGCACACCAACAGAAAUCUAAACACGUUUACUGUUUCUGUACUUUCAAACUACCACGCAGUCUAAAAACAGUGGUACAAGCUUUGGUUGACAAUUCAGCUGUCAGCUCGCCAGCACAGGACAACUAGAAGGAUGUCAUGACUCAUGGAGCAUUUAAUCUUUUUUGUUGAUGAAAAGGUAGUACACCGACCACUUCAAGGAACAUUUUACUUGAUCUUGCACACAAUUACUGUUAGUUCCUAUUGCCGCGGAUUAAGCCUGUCCCCAAAACAGAAUUCUGUCUAAAUUCAAGUAGAAUUUUUCCAAAUUUCUAACCCUGACAGCCAAUGAGUGCCCUGUAAAGGGUUAAUGGAGAACAGUAAGGAAGCUAAAACAAAUGUGAUGAUUAACAUUAGGUGUACAUCCUUGGAAAAGCCCCACAAUUGGGUGGCUUUUGCACUUCUCCUGCUCUUUUUCUGUAACACUUCUUAAAUUGUAUGACAUAUAAAACUAAACAGACACAUGGAGAAGCUGAUUUUUUUUUUUCUGCAACUGUUAAUGACCUGAACUGAAAAAGAGUGUUUGUAUACUGUAGCACUACUAUAUGUCCAUGUAAAUUACAUGUUGUUUAAACGUUUAUCACAUUAGUCUUGUGUGAUCAUGCCUUCACUACAUUUACUCAUCUCCUCAAACCUUUUGGUGGGUUUUGCAUCAAGCCCUAAUGUUUACCUGGCGUUUGUAUUAGAAGAGAAGGACAAUGCAGUUAAUAUGGAAAUCUUGUAUAUUGUGUAAAAUGUUUUCAUUUAUUUAUUUUUCUUUGUAUCUUGACUCUUUGGUCUGAUUUGCUUUCGAAAGGUCAGUCACUACAGCACUUUCUGCAAAUUGGCCAAUAAAAUCUUGUUUUGGAA